UCGUGUGAGGUGUGUGGAGACAAGAGUUAUGGCAAACACUACGGGGUCUUCUGUUGUGACGGUUGCUCGUGCUUCUUUAAGAGAAGCAUUCGGAAAAACAUCUCCUACUCAUGUAUAGGUCAGUACCAUCACCAUCAUAAUUAAUUGUAUAUAGGUCAGUACCAUCACCAUCAUAAUUAAUUGUAUAUAGGUCAGUACCAUCACCAUCAUAAUUAGUUGUAUAGGUCAGUACCAUCACCAUCAUAAUUAAUUGUUUUGGUCAGUACCAUCACCAUCAUAAUUAAUUGUUUGGGUCAGUACCAUCACCAUCAUAAUUAAUUGUGUAGGUCAGUACCAUCACCAUCAUAAUUAUUUGUAAAGGUCAGUACCAUCACCAUCAUAAUUAAUUGCAUGGGUCAGUGCAUUGGUGUAGGAAUGUCGGUGUGGAAAGGUGGUUCCGCCCCUAGCAGCAAUUCAUUCUUAAGAGAGUGGAGGCACUAAUCCAGAGUUUCUCAAACUGUGCGCCGCAGCUUUCUCCCGGGGGCACAGCGAACUGGGAAACGCCCCAUUUAAAAUUUCGUCUUUCACUAUGCAAAUCUUAGGACUUGACUUGAGGGGGUUGCAGCAAGGGCGCCGUGACUAGACAUAUUUUGGGAACCUCUGAUUUAGGUCAUUGAUAAACACAUUUUUCGUAGUCUGGUGGUGUAGCGAGAUGCAGAGGAUCAUCUAUUCUAACACAGUGCUUUUUGACUUGAAGAAACCCUGGUUCCAGUUUUCAACAUUUAAAAGAAAUUUAAAAAAAAAAAAAAAAUAAGUACAAUUUUGGGUGUAUUUACUUGGAUGCUCAGUUGAUAUUGCGUUAAAUUCUAAUUCUGUACAUUAACAGACAAAGAAUCCAUUAACCUUUUUAAUGGGAAUAAACUCAAAUUCAUUAAACUUUAUUUAAUUUUGAAAUUAAACAAAAAAUUCGUUGUUUAUUUUCAACGGCGAUUUCGUUUUAUUGUUUGUUGAUAAAUUGGAAACUUGAUAUUCUUAAAAUUGAUUCAAGUUGUUGUUAUUAUUUAGUGAUGCUACAUCAAUAACUCCGUACAAAACAAGAGGUAUAGCAUUUGUGCAAAGACCCACCCAGAAUAGCAACAAGGUUCAGCAUUUGUACAAAGCCCCAUCCAUAAUCAUAACAAUACAAAAAAUGGCAGACUGCGCUGGACAGGGCGUGCUGUAGAGCAGCAAACGUGAAACACCACAGGCAGAAACCUAGGGGCAGGCGGCUCAACGGUCGACCAAGGCUGAGAUGGAUCGACGAUGUAGAGAAGGACUUAUAUCAGUUAGGGUGUUCGCGAAUGGAGACGGAAAGUCAUGGAUCGAUCCGAAUGGAAGGAUGGGGUGGAGAAGGCCAGGCGCCUACAUGGGCUGUAGUACCACUGAUGAUGAUGACAUCAAAAGCCCCAAUGUCAGUGUGUAACCAUUAUCAUUAGUAUCACCGAUGACAUCAUUACCACUGAUGACAUCAUUAUCCCGGAUAAAAUCACUAAAACCUAUCACAUCAUUAUCAUUAUCCUCGAUGCCAUCAUUAUCAGCGAUCACAUCAUUAUCACCGAUGACAUCAUUAUCAGCGAUCCCAUCAUUAUCAGCCAUCACAUCAUUAUCAGCCAUCACAUCAUUAUCCUAGAUGAAAUCUUUAUCAGCCAUCACAUCAUUAUCACCGAUGACAUCAUUAUCAGUGAUGACAUCAUUAUCAGCGACCACAUCAUUAUCCUCGAUGACAUCAUUAUCAGCCAUCACAUCAUUAUCAGAAAUCACAUCAUUAUCACCGAUGACAUCAUUAUCAGCCAUUACAUCAUUAUCAGAAAUCACAUCAUUAUCACCGAUGACAUCAUUACCAGCCAUCACAUCAUUAUCAGCCAUCACAUCAUUAUUAGCGAUCACAUCAUUAUCAGCCAUCACAUCAUUACCAGCCAUCACAUCAUUAUCUCCGGUGGUCUCAGUUUUUACAAGACAUCAAUUGGGAUUUAGAAGCCAAAGUUCUACUCAAAUUGACCAAUCAAUGACUUUGUCUAAGAGAGGGUAUAAAAGAAGGGAGACACUAGUCCACUGUAGUCGUUCUAAAAUAGUAUUAUUAUCAAUUAAAUAUCUUUCAUAAUUUUCCAAAUCUCUUUUCGAUAAAUUCUUACAUAUAAUAAUUUGAUAUCAAUAAUGAACCAGUGAAUUAAUCCAGUUACAUUUUAGAUUUUUUUUUUGUUGGCGAACCCCUCUAUCGAUGGAUCGCCAAGAGUUUGAGAACCAUUGGUGUAGUCAUUAUAUUAACAAAGUCUAUCAAAUUUAUCCAUGUAUUCAAAAGUAUUAUCCAGGGAAGAAGCAUAUCUUCCUGUUUAUUCUGCAGGUAAUCCAUAUAUUCUAAUGUAAUGUCCAGGUAAGGCACAUAUUUUAAUGUAUUCUCCAGGUAAAGUCCCAUAUUCCAAUGUAUUCUCCAGGUAAGGGCAGCUGUCUGAUUGACAAGGCCAGAAGGAACUGGUGCCCACAUUGCCGUCUUGAGAAAUGUUUCGCUGUCAACAUGAACAGAAACGGUAAGACCCGUACGUAACUCCUUGCACAUCGGUAGCUGCAGUAGUCGAUAAACUAUCCGAUUGUUUCUUGCUUCGGUCAUACGACAACGUUACAUAAUGCAACCGAUGAACUCUAAUCUUUGUGUUGGAAUCUACGUUAGUGACCGGCUACAUCUAAAGAGGUCACAUUGCAAAUUAUCACAAGUGCAUUGUUGGGAAUGCACCCAACUUAGCUGACAAUCUACAUUGUUUCAUUGAUUCUUUAAGUUAGAACAUACUCCCGAGAUUGUUAAUUCUUAUACUCUAUCUGCUUAUUAAACAAAAAUUUUGUGGCUGUUAACACAGAUAGCCAAAGAGGAUUUGGUGGGUGUGGGGGGGGGCGAGGCGUGGGAAGCCUUUUAAAGAAAAAGAGUUCUAACGUAAUUGAGAGCUGCAAGGAAGGUCUAAAUAUUUCAUCGGCCUCUGUGUUUAACUUGAAACGUGAUCCGAUCACGGCCAAAUCAAGCAUUCUGUAAUCUGAAGCCCUGCAACGUGUGGCUUGCGCAAGGAUUGGAUUAGGGCCAGCGGGAGAUGCUUGAUUUGGCAUGGCGAGGGCAGUUGUGACAGUAUCACACGUCAAGCAAGAGUCAUCUUCCCCAGUUCCGUCUCAGUCCCCGCUGUGUUACGACACCUUGACCGCAAAUUGUGCCGCCAUUUCGCGAGCAGUUAAUUCUGUUACUUAAUAUUUAAUUCCUUUCGGGGGACAACUUUCCAAAGCCCAACUCUGCAUCUUUUCACCAUUAGAUUAUUCCAUUUUUUUCCCCCUUUUAAAAAAAAAAAAAUCAAUUUUCAUUUGAGAACGAUUCAUAUCACAACCCCUGCCACACAUAAUACCUGACUCCUGAUUUCAUCACAAAAGUGACAGUAUGUGACCGUAAAUGACAGCAUGUGGCACAAUUUGGACACGAUUAAUUUUGCAUUUCCCACAAUUCAUAAAAUCUCACUUCCAGCUCUAACUUACGCUGAAAGAUCUACUCGAAGUUUAGGUCAUAGACUCUGACGUCGAAUGCACAUCUGUUUAUAAGCACUUCUGAGGUCAACCAUAGACAAUGCAUUUGUUCCGCUGGUAAGGUGACGCUCGGGCUCGGGUGAAGGACUUGAACGACUGCUGUUAUCCAUUCCUGACUGUCACCGGAUUUAGUCUUGUAAUUGUCAAACAAAAACACACCAAAAAGGUCUCUUUUCUUCAGUCUAAUUUUAGGUAAGUGAGAGGACAUCGCUGCAGUAGUAAGAGAUUCAAUGAGUCCAUCAAACUUUACAUUCGCCUGAACGAUCUGUCAAUGUUUCAAAUUGAUGGCUCAUAAAAUAAAAAUAAAAAGACUUUUAAUGGUGAUCUACUUUAUUGCGUUAAUUUGCUGGACCACCUCUGCUUGAGGUCCAUUACAUAGUAUUGUACCAUCUCUGCUUGGGUUCUAUACAUAUUAUAUGGACGUCUCCUCAUUGUUGACAUUUCUCCUACGACAUAUGAUGUACACAUUAUGUCAUAGAAACUUCACAUAGGGAAAUAGUUUGACUUGGAUCAAUCCCAGUUUAGUUUCACUUCAAAAGUUGUGUGCUUCUGGGUGUAUGUCCUGAUGUGAGGGUGUCUCCUUAGUGUCUGUAAUAAUGUAAGAGUGUCUCGUAAGUGUCUGUAAUAAUGUUAGAGUGUCUCGUAAGUGUCCAUUCUGAUGUGGAAAUUCGGGUAUCUCGGGAUGGCUCAAUUUUUAAACAAUUGCAAAAUUGACGAGUUUUACCAUCAAACACUUUUAUUUACAAUGAUGUUCCUAUGCUACAAUAGGAGGUAGAUAAAAGGAAGGGGGUGGGGUUAAACAUCACAUCUUUCGAUUGCUUAAUUUAUCCAUCACCCCCUUGUUUGCUCUAUUCAGCCCUUGUUUGCUCUAUUCACCCCCUUGUUUGCUCUAUUCACCCCCUUGUUUGUUCUAUUCACCCCCUUGUUUGUUCUAUUCACCCCCGUGUUUGCUCUAUUCACCCCCUUGUUUGUUCUAUUCAUCCCCUUGUUUGUUCUAUUCACCCCCUUGUUUGCUCUAUUCAAUUGUUUGUUCUAUUCACUCCCUUUUUUGUUCUAUUCACCCCCUUGUUUGCUCUAGUCACCCCCUUGUUUGUUCUAUUCAGCCCCUUGUUUGUUCUCUUCACCCCCUUGUUUGCUCUAUUCAGCCCUUGUUUGCUCUAUUCACCCCCUUGUUUGCUCCAUUCACCCCCGUGUUUGCUCUAUUCACCCCCUUGUUUGUUCUAUUCACCCCCUUGUUUGCUCUAUUCACCCCCGUGUUUGCUCUAUUCACCCCCUUGUUUGUUCUAUUCACCCCCUUGUUUGCUAUAUUCACCCCCUUGUUUGCUCUUUUCACCCCCUUGUUUGUUCUAUUCACCCUUUGUUUGCUAUAUUCACCUCCUUGUUUGUUCUAUUCAGCCCCUUGUGUAUUCUAUUCACCACCUUGUUUGCUCUAUUCACCCCCUUGUUUGCUCUUUGCACCCCUUGUUUGCUCUAUUCAUCCCUUGUUUGUUCUAUUCAGCCCCUUGUUUAUUCUAUUCACCACAUUGUUUGCUCGAUUCACCCCCUUGUUUGCUCUUUUCACCCCCUGACAGCUGUACAAGAGGAGCGAGGACCACGUAAGAAUAAAGGGACCAAGAAGAACUCAGCGGCGAGACGAAACCUCCACAUGGAGGCACCCCCUGCCACCACCUCGACAGUCGUCUCACCCUUUCCGCCCCUGGACAUCAGGCCGUAUCUCGGACACCCCAUGACAUCGCCCCUGACAUGGGGGUCCUAUUUAAGUGCCUUUAGACCGGUGCCGCCCAGACCGCACGGCUUGUUGCCAUGGCAACCUGCGGCGACCUUCCCCGGUAUCCUCCUCGGUGACCUUACCAGUGACGUCAUCAAACUUCCUGUCACGACCACCGAGAUAACACGUAAGUAACGGAUGAGCUUGUAGAAAUAUCUGACUUAUAGAAAUAUGACUGAUAGAAAUAUGACUUAUCAAAAAUGGCUUUAUAGCAAUAUGACUUAAAGAAAUAUGAAUUAUAGAAAUUUGACUUAUAAUAAAUAUGACUUAUAGAAAUAUGACGUAUAAUAAAUAUGACUUAUAGAAAUAUGACUUAUAGAUAGAAAUAUCCCUUUAUAGUAAUAUCACUAUAUUGAAAUAUGACUAUAAAAAUAUGUCUAUAUAGAAAUAUGAAUUAUAGAAUUUAUAAUAAAUAUGACUUCAUGGCAAUAGGACUUAUAGAAAAAUGACUUAUAAUAAAUUUGAUUUAUAGAAACAGGACUUAAAGAUAUCUGACAUAUAAUAAUGAGACUUUAUUAUGAUAAUAUGAUCUAUCAAAAUAUGAACUAUAAUAAAUAUGACUUAAAGAAAUAUGACUUAUUGAAAUAUGACCUAUAAUAAAUAUGAUUUAAAGAAUUAUGAUUUAUAGAUAGAAAUAACACUUUACAGAAAUAUGACUAUAUUGAAAUAUGACUAAAAAUAUUAAUAUAUAGAAAUAUGACUUACAGAAAUAUGAAUUAUAUAAAUAUGACUUUGCACAUUUCAUUAUUCAAAGAGUGAGAGUGUGUGCAAGGGGCGCACUUUUUAUAGUCCCCCCCCCCCCGGCCGGGUAUUAUUUAUUCAAGGUACGCUACUGGUCCUAUAGAAGUUGUCCAAUUAAAGAUGUAGCUCUGUGCUUCCAACCCCUAGCAUUAGUGCGAGAGUCAACAAGUCCACCAAGCUGACCAGUCGAUUGAACGACCAGUCGAUUGAACGACCAGUUAAGUCACAUUUGAAUAUCGGACAUGAGCAGUUUGACUGGAGUGGUCAUUCCUACAGUUGGCCUUGAGGUCGAUGUAAGCCGGUGACAUUUGGACUCGCGGUGGAAUCAAUGACAUUUUAGUGAAGACACUUGCAGCUUCUUUAGCUGAGAGUUUUACUUCAUCACGUGACCAGGGCGCAUUACUUCUCAUUAAAAACCCAAGCAUGGAAAUGGGUCAUAUUUCAAGAGACAACAUCAGAAAUGUCUGUGGCAACAUCAGAAAUGUCUGUGACAACAUCAGAAAUGUCUGUGACACCAUCAGAAAUGUCGGUGACAACAUCAGCAAUGUCUGUGACAACAUCAGAAAUGUCUGUGACAACAUCAGCAAUGUCUGUGACAACAUCAGAAAUGUCUGUGACAACAUCAGAAAUGUCUGUGACAACAUCAGAAAUGUCUGUGACAACAUCAGAAAUGUCUGUGACAACAUCAGAAAUGUCUGUGACAAAAUCAGAAAUGUCUGUGACAACAUCAGCAAUGUCUGUGACACCAUCAGAAAUGUCUGUGACAACAUCAGCAAUGUCUGUGACAACAUCAGAAAUGUCUGUGACAACAUCAGCAAUGUCUGUGACAACAUCAGAAAUGUCUUAGACAACAUCAGAAAUGUCUGUGAAACAUCAUACAUAUAUGUGACAACACUAGGAAUGUAUCCAGAAACGUAUGUGGCAGCUUCUGAAAUUUAUGUGACAGCAUCAGAAACUUAGAUGACAAUCUUAUGCACAGCGAUAGAAGUAUAAAAGACAGCAGAUUUGACUGGCAGAAAUUAAAUUUUCCAGCAUGAGUAAACACGGGAAAUCCUAAGGCUGUGUUACUGCAUAAGACAUAAGAUAUCCUUAAGUCUACGGCUGUAAAACGAUAUCUAAGUUUAUGUUACUACAUAAGGACAUGCCAGGUGGACACGGCAUGUUGCGAGAAUGCCAGAUAGCAGACUUCCUAAACAAUUAAUGUUCGGUGAAAUUUUAGAUGGUGGGCAGAAGAGAAAAAAACGUGUCAGAGAUUUCCAAAAGCUUCACUCAAACCCCUGGACACCUCCCUAAGUUUAUGGGAAACACUUUCUAUGGAUCUUACAAGCUGGAGAGGUAGUCUCCCUGUUGUAUCAUUCAAGCUGGAGAGGUAGUCUCCCUGUUGUAUCAUUCAAGCUGGAGAGGUAGUCUCCCUGUUGUAUCAUUCAAGCUGGAGAGGUAGUCUCCCUGUUGUAUCAUUCAAGCUGGAGAGGUAGUCUCUCUGUUGUAUCAUUCAAGGUGGAGAGGUAGUCUCCCUGUUGUAUCAUUCAAGCUGGAGAGGUAGUGUCCCCGUUGUAUCAUUCAAGGUGGAGAGGUAGUGUCCCUGUUGUAUCAUUCAAGCUGGAGAGGUAGUCUCCCUGUUGUAUCAUUCAAGCUGGAGAGGUAGUCUCCCCGUUGUAUCAUUCAAGCUGGAGAGGUAGUCUCCCCGUUGUAUCAUUCAAGCUGGAGAGGUAGUCUCCCCGUUGUAUCAUUCAAGCUGGAGAGACUGGCUCACUCAGAGGGUAAACGCCUCCAAAAAUAAAGCGCACUGCAAGGAAAAGCAGACUCAACUCCAAUUCAUGGUAUCUAUAACCCGAGAUCCUUCGCGCGGGAAAUUUUCCAGGCACACACACACACACACAAAAACAACAACAAAAAAACAACAACAAACAAACCAACAAACCCAACUGGCAAGUGGCCAGGCACCUGCGAUAUCACCGUCGAAAAUAGCACUGGUCAUCUUAGCGUGUGGAGGACGACCAAACAACAACUACUACUGCACAAGAUCUCCUGAGUCCAAAUAGUGCAUUAGAUCUUUCAAAUUGGUUGAGCUAAAUGUUUAUCCCCCCCCCACGCCCCUUGUUAGUUACGCCACUGAUAAGCCACCUUGAUAACUUCCACUUCUAGAUCGCGUGCUGUAGAUUUAACUGUGUUGACAUCUUGUCGUGCAGGCAGCAACCCCGCUUAUGUACAUUCACUUGACCCCUGUCAAUCUAAUCCUCACAGAUGUGUCUGACCCGGGCGACCCAGAUCAGUUCUUCAAGUCUAUCGUCCAACAAGUUCUAUUCGCAUCCCUCCGCCGAGCGCAGUACAACCAUCUCUUCCGGCUCCUCCAUCCGCAUGAUCAAUUAGUUCUCUUGGAGCUGAGGUGGGCGGAGCUCUUCGUCCUGGCGGCUGCUUAUUGGCCGGUGGACGUCUCCAAGGUGAUC